AUGAAGUCUCGAUAUGGAGACUUGAGAUCUAGGCUUUGGAAUUAUGAUGGCGAAGGUUAUGAUCCAAAAGACUCGUUAUGGUGGAGGGAUUUAGUGGAGAUGUAUGGUAAUUCGAGGGGACUACUUCAUAAUGGUGCUGUCAAAAUUGGUUCGGGUAAUAUGGCUCGUUUUUGGAAUUCGCAUUGGCUUGGGAGAAACUUCUUAUCUGAACUAUUUCCAAGGCUGUACCUGGAAUCUGGUCUUAAACAUGACACUGUGCAAGAUAUGGGGUUUUGGCUUGGUGAUAAUUGGUGCUGGAAAGUUAUUAAAGCGCAGGAGGUUCUUAGACAACAAGCGAUCGUAGAGCUGACAGACUUGCAUACUCUUCUUGCGGAUGUUGCUUUGAGUUCAAACAAUGAAGAUGUAAUUGUUUGGCCUUUUGACGUGUCAAAAUGUUAUACGGUUCGCUCAGGUUAUAAUUUUUUACAGCAAGAUCAAGAAGGUGGGGGGUUGGACACAGGCAUUAAACAGGGGCCGGAGCUUAUUUGGGCGUCACAGGUACCUUCGAAGCUAAAAAUUUUCUGCUGGCGAGUAAUUCUGGACAGGCUUCUGACGAGGAAUUAUUUGGUGCGUCGCAGAAUUAUUGCGAAUAAUAAUGAGGCUCUGUGUGUUUUCUGUGAAAUGCAUUGUGAAGACCCAUCUCACAUCUUUAUUUUCUGUCCUAAGAUCCAAAACCUGUGGGCUAGUAUUAAGAAAUGGCCAGAUAUAGACUCGCACUGGGCAGCCGACUGUUGUAGCCAAAUUCACGUGAGGGUUACCACAUUGUCGGGGAAGAUUCAAUGUAAAAAGGCUGCAGCUAUUUGGAUGACUAUAUGGUGGUGCAUUUGGAAGGUUAGAAAUAAUAUCAUUUUUAAUAACGCGGUUUUUGAUUGCGAUGAAUUAUUCUACUCGAUCCUUUGGUACUCUUGGUGGUGGCUUGCUAUAGAAGGCAAAGAUAGAAUUAAAAGUAAUUUUUAUGAGUGA